AUGGCUGACGUGAUGCCCAAGUUUCCUGCCAUGGACCUUUUGCUGGGUUGCAUGUACAUCGGCGUCAUGCUCAACGUCUGGUUGUUCGGUUUUUCGAUCGUACAAGCCUACAUCUACUAUGUCAACUUCAAGACUGACAAACCACUCAUGAGGUACUUUGUGCUCUUCCUUGUUAUCGCCGACACUGUCAACGCCGUUUUCGACCAGGUCUUCAUGUACCAGUACCUCGUCUCCAACUUUGGCAACCUCGAAUACGCCAGCAAGAGUAACCGUGCCUUUGCUGCCGACCCGGUGCUGACAGGCAUCAUCGCCUUUUCAACUCAGCUCUUCUUCGCCUGGCGAGUGUACAAGCUGAUGCACUCCAAGAUCAUGCCCGCGUUCAUCGCCGCGGGCGCGCUCAUCUCGCUGCUCAGCUCCAUCGGCACCACCAUCGGUGUCGAGAUCGUUCUUCUCUUUUCAGAAUUUCAAAAGUUCCAGGAGGUCGUUAUCUUGUGGCUCGGCUUCGCUGCGCUCACGGACCUUCUCAUUACCGGCUCGCUCGUCUAUACGCUGAACAAGUCGCGAACCGGUUUCGCCGCCACCGACGACGUCAUCACCAAGCUAAUCAGGAUGACGCUCCAGACGGGUGCGCUCACUACCCUGUUCGCUAUUGUCGACCUGAUCCUCUUCCUUGCUUCCACCACUACGCUCCACCUGGUCUUCAACUUGCCGUUGGCCAAGCUCUACGUCAAUUCGCUGCUCUCGACGCUCAACGCACGUGUCACCAUCGGCCAGGGUCCACAGCAGUACACGAUGGAGGGCUCCACCAGCGACAAUGCUCGUCGCGGCAUUUCGACGCGUACCAAGCGCUCCAAUGUCUUCCGCCCCGGUGGGAACAACCAGCCCACCAUCAUCCAUACUCAGGCUUCGCAUCACGACGAUGUUGAGAAUGGGCUUGGUGCAUUCAGCAGCCAGGACCACUUUGAGACUGGGGUGCACAUCAAGACGAUCGAGGAGACGUUCGAGGAGCGUCACCAGGAUGACGGUCUGCGCGACUACCCCAGCUCGCACAAUGACUCGCUGCCCGUGCUGGAAAAGAGCCGCGCGGACAACGACUCGCUCUGA